AUUUGGAAAGCAACAGGUUGUUGUAACUUGUAGUUGUAGUUGUUAUUAAUGUUUCAUUCGCAUACACUGACGCGUAUUUUAAUACCGAAAUUAUGAGACGUUGCUGGCAGACGACUCGGCGCUGUCUCGUGGCCAGGAGAUGAACCGGACCUCGGCGUGGCACGGCCGAGAGGAUACGUGUGGCACGAGGCCAGUCUUCAAGUCGCUGUCCAGCCACGCGAUGAACGAGCCUAGCGGCAACGAGAGGCUGGCCGGACGCAGGAUGCUCGUCGUAAUGGCAACCGCGCUGCGCCACGCGUCCUCCGACACGAGUCUCGACUGCGAGGCGUCGUCGUCGUCGCCGCGGCAACCGGACGCCGAGCAUCGUCUCGCGGGUCGGCGAGACAAGCUGUGCCUCUCGGCAGAGUGUCUCAGCGUGUCGCCGCAGCAUCGAGGCGACGUCUCGCCCGUGAGCGGCACGGGCAGCGACUGUCUCACCGACCCGGGAUUGGUCUCGGCCGGCGGCGCCGGCGGCGGUGGGGACUUCCUGGAUCCCUCCCAGCUCCCGCGGGACAGGUCCCGGGGCAGACAAGCCUGCGCUCACAGCGGCGACUCUGCCGUUGACGUGUCGGCAGACUGCGAGCGUGAGGGCGCCACCGGCAGCACGUUCGGAACGUCGCCGUCGCUAGAGGAGGACCCAUGGAAUGCUGCGGCGUGCCGGGUGUCGCUAGAGGGCGCCGCUUCCCGAGUAUCGGCGGCCAUGUCGGGUCACGAAUCGCAGUGCGGUGGCAUCACAUCAGAGACCGCCGAAUUCGGUGCCACGGCGACCGUCGCCGUGCCGAUGAACCCCGCCUCCGCAAUGUGUUUCCCGGCAACAGACUCCUUAGCAACUGACGUGUUUGCGACGGACGACGCACGGACAGAACUCAGCGAAGGAAAGCCAGCGAGACGAAUCCUUGGAGCCCGUCCGGCUCCGCGCGCCGACUUUGCCGCCGCCACCGUCUUGCCAUCGGGAUCGCUCAGUCGGCACUCGAUAUCGCUGCCUGUCUCGAGCCCGGCGACCCCCGUCUCGCCUCAUCCUCUCGCGGGCAUCUUCGCGGUGCACAGGGUCGCCACGUUUCCGAGCGUCGUCAUCAGCGAUCACAGCACGGCCGACGACGGCGCGGCGUCCGCGAACUCUACCGGGUCAUCGGGGUCGUUCUCGUUCAACCUACACUCACCAGAGGGCAGCUUCUACAGGGAGAACCCGGCGAUGGAGAGGAAGCUGUCGACGGGGAGCACCUGUUCUGACACGUCUUCCAUUUCCUGCUUCUCCGGAGCGUCGUCGUUAGAGGAGGCUGAGGAGCGCAGCUCGUCACGGAGAAAGAAGAAGGUGUCCGGAUGGAGGAAAAUCCGCAACAUGGUGCAGUGGUCGCCCUUCAUCCAGUAUUACAAGAAGCAGAAGUAUCCGUGGGUGCAGCUUGCUGGACAUCAAGGUAAAGUGGCCGCCCGGAGUUGCGACCCUUCGUGCUACCCUAGGCGCUACAUGUGCAAACCACCAGGUGCUGCUAAAGCCCAGGUCCCGGCUGAUAAGAUGCGGCGGCCCGGCUAG